CCCCGACACAGGGAAGCCAUGGUGAGUGAUCACGUGAAGCUGCCGGCCUUUCCUUUCCCUGGGCAUGCUGGGAACUGUAGUGUUCCGCCUGCCGCCGGCUUCCGCUGUGGAGGAGAGAGGACAGUCCAGGUACUACAUUUCCCAGGAAGCGAAACAGCCGGCGCUGCAAUUAAGCCUCCAAACCUUCGUCUGAACAAUCCUGGCGACUGCCGGUCUUUUUACAAAGGCACUUGCUCAGGGCUGAAGGUGGCAGUGCCAUCACACACCAUCCAUGGCAUCAGGGGUCAGGCCCUCUACCUCCCUGUGCACUAUGGAUUCCACACUCCGGCAUCAGAUAUCCAGAUCAUAUGGCUGUUUGAGAGACCCCACACGAUGCCUAAAUACUUACUGGGCUCCGUGAACCAGUCUGUGGUUCCCGACUUGGAAUACCGACACAAGUUCACCAUGAUGCCACCCAAUGCGUCUCUGCUCAUCAACCCACUGCAGUUCACUGAUGAAGGCAAUUACAUCGUGAAGGUCAAUAUUCAUGGAAAUAGAACUCUGUCAGCUCAUCAGAAGAUACAAGUCACUGUUGAUGACCCUGUCACAAAACCGGUGGUGCACACUCAGCCUUCCUCUGGGGCUGUGGAGUAUGUGGGGAACAUGACCCUGACAUGCCUCGUGGAAGGAGGCACCCGGCUGGUUUACCAGUGGCUAAAAAAUGGGAGGCCUGUCCAUACCAGCCCCACCAACUCCUUUUCUUUCCAAAACAACACUCUUCAUAUUGCUCCAGUGACCAAAGAAGACAUUGGGAAUUACAGUUGCCUGGUGAAGAACCCUGUCAGUGAAAUGGAAAGUGACAUCGUUAUGCCUACCAUAUAUUAUGGCCCUUAUGGACUUCGAGUUAAUUCUGAUAAAGGACUAAAAGUAAGGGAAGUAUUUACUGUUGAUAUUGGAGAAGCCGUCUUGUUUGAUUGUUCUGCUGAUUCAUAUCCUCCCAACACCUACUCCUGGAUUCAGAGGACUGACAAUACCACAUAUGUCAUUAAGCAUGGGCCUCACUUGGAAGUCGCACCUGAGAAAGUAGCCCAAAAAACAACCGACUAUGUGUGCUGUGCUUACAACAACGUAACUGGGAGGCAAGAUGAAACCCGUUUCACCGUCAUCAUCACUUCUGUGGGACUGGAGAAGCUUGCACAAAAAGGGAAAUCAUUGUCCCCCUUAGCAAGUAUAACUGGAAUAUCACUCUUUUUGAUUAUAUCCAUGUGUCUGCUUCUCCUAUGGAAAAAAUAUCAACCCUACAAAGUGAUAAAACAGAAGCUAGAAGGCAGGCCAGAAACAGAAUACAGGAAAGCACAAACCUUUUCAGGCCAUGAAGAUGCUCUGGAUGACUUCGGAAUAUAUGAAUUUGUUGCUUUUCCAGAUGCUUCUGGUGUUCCCAGGAUGCCAAGUAGGUCUGUUUCAGCCUCUGACGGUGUAUCAGGGCAAGAUUUGCACAGUACAAUUUACGAAGUUAUUCAGCACAUCCCUGCCCAACAGCAAGACCAUCUGGAGUGAGCAUUCAUAGGCAAAACAGUGCAUUGGAGUGAAAUAAUGAAGGAACUGUUUGGAGGAAAAACAAUGGCAAUGUAUAUUCAUCCGGAAUCAGUGAAGAAAUCAAGCCCAAUACCUCUUACUCAUUACAAAUGCUUUUAAAUGCAGAACAGAGUCAUUUAUAAAAACUGGACUGCAGGUUUUCCUGCAUACACACUAUACACUACAGUGAAGCCUGGCUGGGAAAAAGGCCUCAGUGGAUAGUCUUUAUCAUGCUGACUCAGAAAAAGAAGACUGGGGAUUUCCAAUUAGUCUCUCUCUAUCAAGUUCCUCUAAAAGGCUCCAUUAGUUCUUAUCUAUACUUUCACUUUCAUCAACAUUGACACUAUCAGAUCUAACCUAGGAAACGUUUUAUUUGGAAAAUUUUCAGCAGACUUUGUUUUAUUAAAUUCUCAUUAUUUUUUAAGAUUGCUGUAUUUAUUUUUUUAUUUCAUCCCCAAAUUUCUGUCUUGAUAUUUGUGCCACAGAAAAUGAUGGUUGUCUCAAAAACAAGACUGUGCCUUCUCCUUGGCUGUCAAUCACCAAUGGUGAAAAGACUUGUAAAAUGCUACAGGAAAUGACAUUAAAGUCUUACUUUUAUUUUUGUUCAAGGAAAGAUGGAUUCAAAUAAAUUAUUCUGGUUUUGCUUUUA